AUGUACAUCUCUUCACUGAUGGUCUUCAUCACAACGGUAUUGUUGACAGGUAGGGAGUGCAUGAUGAGUGUUGUAAUUAAUACAAGACAUCUUUUAAUUAAGCCAUUGCAGGUCCAAAUGUCAGGGCAUUGAAGAAUGAUAUAAUGAGUUGUGUACUCUGCCAAGUCGUGGCCGAAUCGUUGACCCAGCCUCAUCCUUCGGCCGCUCUUUUAUUGGCCGAUAUGUACCAGCGAUGUGGUCGGGUGGGGCUGAUGGAGCCCGUCUGCGACCAUUUGGUCGAUCAGAAUGCCAAACUCAUGGUGCAGAUAUUCUCGAAUGCGGGGCCUGCCUCGAGGCCCUUGCCUCGGGCUAUUUGCUCCAAGCUGCAGUUGUGCGACCACUCCUAA